UUAACAAUAAAAAAAUAUUUUUAAGCACAACAUACAAUUUCAUCUCCACAGCUCUAAAAUUAUAAACAGUAUUUUUUUUUCAAAUAAUCAACAACUUGUAUAAAUCAUCUUUUCUGUAACUGCGAAGAUUCAACGGUCCUCUAACACAAAUUGUGAUACAUAAUAUUGUUCGAAGAAGAUAUCUGGAAGAAGUCUAUCAUAAAAUAAUUGCUCAAAGAUAAACAAUAUCUUGAAAUUUACUUUUUAACCGCAUAAUGGCUGAUCGCAGAAAGUUAAACAAAAAUAUAAACUAUUUAAAUCAAAAUUCUAUGAAUAACCUUAUUUUACUUAUGUAUAUAAUGGUUUUGAUGUUUCCGUCGAAUAGUAGUACACUUGAAACGAUGUCAAAUAAAAUCAAUUGCUCAGAUUCAAUGACGUGCUCCAAAUGUACAAUCAAACCUAUGUGUGUAUGGUCCCUUAAACAACAAACGUGUGAAAACAAGAAUAAAUUCAACUCUUCGAGUUUAAUAGCUUCUAGAGUAGGCGAAUGUCCACAGUUUUCAGUAGUUAAAGAAUUUAAAUAUACUAAUUUGUGGAUUGAGUGUAACUUCACUGUUAAGUUAUCGAAUGAUUUAGUAGGUUUCAAAAACUAUCUUAACAAUUAUACAAUUAAUAUUUGUACUAGACUAACAACAUGUCACCAAAUGAGGUCAAAGACAAACAACGAAAUGAUGAUAUUAUCAAAUGUAUUACACUUAAACAGUACAUACUUAACGGGUCCAUCUUACACUAUUUUUAUUUUUAUUAAGUUCAAUGACAUCAUGCUGCGAUUUGACAACGUAGCCGAUAACUUUAUUACGUUUAAUAGACAGGAAGAAUGUUCUGCCGAUGAUACAACAUCCUGUGCGAUUUGUGCAUGGAAUAACGACGGAUAUUCAAACUACUUUAAAUGGUGUUCGUUCAAAAAUGCAUGCAAGAUUCAAAAUGAAACGUAUCUGAAAAAUAACGGUAAAAAAUAUGUACACGAAAAUAUUACGUAUGUGACGAAUGAUUGUGCCGAAAUAAACGUGACGUCGGUCGAUCCGUUGUCUGCGCCAAAAACUGGUGGUACAAUCGUAACAAUCAUCAUUAGGAAUCACAGAAUAUUCGCAGAAAACCGAACUAUAACUGUUACGGUGGCAGGAACGGUUUGCUCGAACCCCAGAACAUCCGGAUCCGAGACUAUAACUUGCACCACGUCACAGCCGAACGAAACACCAUCUGGUCCGGUCCUGGUCGAGUACUCAUCGCCGACCGGUGGUGUAUUGAAAAUCGAGUCGUCCCAGAUAUUCCAGUUUUAUAAUGUUAGCUCUACCUGUGGCACGCCCAGUCCCGUAUUGGACGCUGACCAACAACUCGGAGGGGUAGCUUCUGGUGGCACCUCCGUGUCGAUCCGUGGCGAUCAUUUCGUUGAACCUUGCGUUGUGUCCUCUGCUCGACUGUACGUCGACCUGUCCGACGGCGUUAGACGGCACGCAGACAGUUAUUGCGAUCCGCCGAUCAACGACACGUACAUGGUCUGCCGAUCGCCAAGAGUGAACGGAAUUGACUGGAACGGGGACGCGUCGACUGUGGGACAGCUACUAGACUUUGGACUGGAUAUCACAUUUAGCAAGGACGACUUGUCCGGCGUGAAUCAGUCGCAGCUCGUCGCCGUUCGUAGCCCAAUGCUCAAAUAUUACGUGCACCCCGAUCCGUUUCUGGUUGACUUCGAAGUAGACGGAAACGGUUCAGUAGUCGUUAACGGCCUCCAUUUACAGUACGUCCUACCCGAAGACAUAGUGAUACGGCCUGUGGAUUCGCCGUCCGUUCGUUGCGUAGUCUUCUUGGCCACGCGACAUAGUUUAAUGUGCCAGCCUACUGCUUCUGUUGCUACGUUACAAGUGAUCUCCGUCACAUUCGGCAAUUCGUUGGUGCACACAGUGAUCAGAAAAGCAUCGCCUUCCACUGACGAUCCGUCCAAGCUUCCCGGCUGGUUCCGCGCGAUCGUCGCCAUUUCCGUAGGGCUGAUAUUUGUCUUUGCCUUGGUUUGUUGCCUAAGAACGAAACAUCGUUAUGACGUAACGAAAAAUAUCCGUAAUCCGUCUGACAACGCAUCAGGGUCGCAAGACCUAUAUAUACACACCGCUAUGUAA